CUGGAGCGCGGAGCUCGAGCGCCCGGGCCCCGCGUGCCCCCCCGCCCCGAGAGCCUGCGCGAGCCGCCCCCCGCCAUGGCCCAGCAGGGGCCCCGGCGCGGCCCCAGAUAGGGGCUCGGUCUGCCGCGCGGCCCGGGGCGCCGGGCCCGGCCACUGCAGGACACUUGUGACCACUUGCAUGGUGAAAGAGCAUCAGCAAAAGUGAAAAAAUGGGUGUAAAAACAUUUACUCAUAAUUCCCCUGCUCACAGCCAGGAGAUGCUUGGAAAACUUAACAUGCUUCGCAACGAUGGACAUUUCUGCGACAUCACCAUUCGCGUACAGGACAAAAUCUUCAGGGCACACAAAGUGGUCUUGGCAGCCUGCAGCGACUUCUUCCGCUCCAAACUAGUUGGCCAAGCAGAAGAUGACGGCAAGAGUGUAUUAGACUUGCAUCAUGUGACAGUGACUGGCUUCAUACCCCUUCUGGAGUAUGCUUACACAGCCACACUGUCUAUCAACACAGAAAAUAUUAUUGAUGUGUUGGCUGCAGCCAGCUACAUGCAAAUGUUCAGUGUUGCUAGUACAUGCUCAGAAUUCAUGAAGUCGAGUAUUUUAUGGAAUACGCCCAACAGCCAGCAAGACAAGGUGCUAGAUGCAGGACAAGAAAACAGUGCAAACUGCAACUUUACCUCUCGAGAUGGCAGCCUUUCUCCGGUUUCCUCCGAAUGCAGUGUGGUAGAAAGAGCCAUUCCUGUUUGUCGAGAGUCCCGAAGAAAGCGUAAAAGCUACAUAGUCAUGUCUCCUGAAAGUCCACUUAAGUGUAACACACAGACGAACUCCCCCCAAGUGCUCAAUCCUUCAGCUUCCUACGCAGAGUCCAGAAAUCAGCCAGUAGACUCUUCCUUAGCUUUUCCUUGGACUUUUCCUUUUGGAAUUGAUCGAAGGCUUCAAUCUGAGAAGGUGAAACAGGUAGAGAAUUCUAGGACUUUAGAACUCCCUGGUCCAUCUGAGGCAGCCAGAAGAAUUACUGAUUAUGUGACAUGUGAGAGCACAAAGGCCAGUUCACCUCUUGUGAUUGAAGAAGAUGUGCGUGUCAAAGUGGAAAGGUUAAGUGAUGAGGAGGUUCAUGAGGAAGUAUCGCAGCCUGUCAGUGCAUCCCAGAGUUCUCUGAGUGAUCAGCAGACAGUCCCAGGAAGUGAGCAAGUUCAGGAAGAUCUCCUGAUCAGCCCACAGUCUUCCUCUAUAGGUUCAAUAGAUGAAGGGGUUACUGAGGGAUUACCCACUCUCCAAAGUACCUCUGGCACUAAUGCUCAUGCAGAUGAUGAUGAUCGGUUGGAGAAUGUUCAGUAUCCCUACCAACUCUACAUUGCCCCUUCUACCAGUAGCACAGAGAGACCCAGCCCAAAUGGCCCGGAUAGACCUUUUCAGUGUCCAACCUGUGGGGUCCGAUUCACCCGCAUUCAGAACUUAAAACAGCACAUGCUCAUCCACUCAGGCAUUAAACCAUUUCAGUGUGACCGUUGUGGGAAAAAGUUCACCCGAGCUUACUCGCUAAAGAUGCAUCGCCUGAAGCACGAAGGUAAACGCUGUUUCCGGUGCCAGAUAUGUAGUGCCACUUUCACUUCCUUCGGGGAAUAUAAACACCACAUGCGGGUUUCCCGGCAUAUUAUCCGCAAGCCUCGGAUUUACGAGUGCAAAACAUGUGGCGCCAUGUUCACCAACUCUGGAAAUUUAAUCGUUCACCUGAGGAGUCUGAACCAUGAAGCAUCAGAGCUAGCAAACUACUUCCAGAGCAGUGAUUUCCUAGUCCCGGACUACUUAAACCAGGAGCAGGAAGAGACCCUCGGGCAAUAUGAGCUAGGAGAGCAUGGGUUUGAAAGCAACUCCUCUGUCCACAUGCCUGUCAUUUCGCAGGUCUCGUCGACUCAGAAUUGCGAAAGCACUUUCCCCUUGGGGUCUUUGGGUGGGUUGGCAGAGAAAGAAGACGACAUGCCGGAGCAGCCAAAGACUAAUGCCAGUGCCGAGGCAACCAGUGAUGACCCUCCGAAAUCAGAGCUGUCCUCUAUUACUAUUGAAUAAUUCAUGGUUUGGUUUCUUUUUUGUUCUUUGGAAAGUGCCUGUGUUUGGUCCUGUACAUUUUAAUUUAAUUUUUUUAAAACGAAAGGAGGGAGAUUUCCCUUUUUACUUUGUAAGCUACACUUUAAACAGAAAACUGCAACAGAUGUUACAUUAUUUUUCAUGACUGAAUGAUCAGUUCUGUGAAAAUGUUUGACUGAAUGCACAGUAAGGUCCUGUCAGAGCAUCAUAGAAGCUGUGAUGCACUUCUAAAGAAGAAGCAAUCGACUGAAAUCACUUCAACUUCCUUCUUCCACAAUUAGAACAGCUCAUUACAUUUCUAAUGCUUCUGCAGACCGUCUGGUAAAGGGAGAGAAUCAGAAGACACUUUAAAAAUGACCAGUACAAGCAUGCAUGCUCGCAAGUUAAUUAAUGAGCAGAGUUUUGACUAACUUUGAGUAGAUGCGUUAAUCCUCUUCUUAAAAUAUGGCAUGUCCUAUCUUUCUCCUUACUGUUUUUCAAACUGCUUACUAUAACCCUUUUCUUGGAAUUGUAAGCAUUUCUGAAAUUUAACAGUACCGCCCUUUUUAAAAAUGUCUCUUUACCAAAAAAUCUCUGAAUCAUUUCUGACAAACUGAGUGAUGAUGCCAUGCCAGGUCCUCCCACUUCUGAUAUUCCACUCCUUUUAGAAACUGCUCGUUCAAAUAACCGAUCCUGAUUUGCUUAUAUGGGGCGAGACAUACAGUCAAGGAAAGUAUAAAUCCAUGCAAGCCUGACAAAUCUGUCAUCACUGUAUCUUUCUGUAAAGGAAACCACCUUUAAAAAAAGAAAACGUGUCCCAGACUAAAAUUCUUAAACCUUGGCCAGACUGCUUGCAGUCCUAGUCACUUUCCCCUAUCACAUAUAUCACUAAUAUCCAAAAGCUGGCUAGAGAGAGUUUACAAAGAAAAAAACAAGUUCUUUUGUGCAUUAUUACACACUUUUGUGCUUAUACAUAUGCAUGUAUGCUUUCUGGGGGUUUUAUUAGUCUGUUUUGGACAAAACCACCAAUUUAUUCUUUUUAGAGGCCAAGUUUCUAACCCAGCAGAGGGUUGUUUAUAAAAACCCUAUAUAACAAUGUUAUGUUGUUCCUGUUCCAAAACAUUUUAAACCUUUGCCAAGUUAGUUUAUUAAAGGCUGUUACUCCAGCUCCGUACACAGCUCAAACAAGCAAUAAAGUGAAAGAUCUGCAAUUUCAUUUUUUCCAGAUUUAGAAAAGGCUGUAAAUUUUGGGUAUGGGAUUUUCAGAGCAGCGAUUCUCAUUUUGUUGCAGGCAGUUUGGGCUAUAGUAAAGCUUAGAAACUUAAAUUAGGGAUUGUAUAAAUUCUUUGGCUGCUGAUUAAAUUAACUCUGUUUGAUACACAAACAGCUGUGUUCCACAAUCCACAGCAUGCUGAGAGUUUAAGUAUUACCUGACCUUAGUAUUCUAAGGGCAUGUGUCAGACUCCCUUGGUUUUAGAUAUACUUGGGAAACUCAUCUCCCUCUGUCACACACACAUUGGAUUGAAAGAGAAAUAUAGAGAAAUGUUUUUUUUAAAGGGAGGAAGAGGAGGUGCAGAGCUCAGAUGGCAAGACUGAUUAGUGCGCAAUGACUUCAGCAGUUCUAAUGCAUCUGUAGAACUAGGAAAUAUCUGCUGAUAGCAAAUCAGUGUAAAGCUUGUUGCACAUUGGUAACAUUUUAAAAGGCUUCAGUGGUAACAUACUUACACAUUUCUAGUGUUUCUUUCAACAAGUUUUCCCUACUCUGUGUUGAUGUAAAAAAAAAAAAACAUUAAUAAGAUUCCCAGUUUUUUCCAAAUUACUGACGCUAAGUUUUUUGGUUUUUUUUCCCCUGUCUGUUCUGCAGAAAAUGUCUCAGCUACAAUUCAUCUUAUAUGUCUAUCUUGGUCUUUUGUAAAGGGCUUGGAGCAGAACAAUUUUUCAUUCAAAAUACUGUACUAUGAAAUAGGCCAGUAUCCAUUGAAGGGACUGGAUCAGAUGACCAGUCCUCUUCCGCUUCUGAUUUCUAUAAUUGAGAAUCCAGUGAGACGGGACAGUGCCCGUUAAAUAUUUCUUCCCUCAUCCCCCAGUAGUUCAGGAUAAAAGAAGGAUCUGAUACUAAACCCUAAUUCAUGAUCCUCUUUCUCUUUUACAGAAGCAUAAGUCUUCCUUGUACAUGACAAUUUUUAGUCAGUCAUAAGUUAAAAAGCACUUAGGUAGACACACAAACGCAGACUUUACAACUGGCCCACUGUGUAUAAUGCACAAUGAAUUAACACAUCACACAUGGAUAGACUUAUUCCUUCUGCCAAAAAAAAAAGAUGGUUUUCACCCAGGACAAGAUCUGUUGUAACACAUAAGUUACUGAUCAUGCGAUGUGCAAAUGCAGAAUACAUACACCUAGAAUAACUGGUUUUUAGAUGACUUAAAAAUUUUGUCGGAAGGUUAACUGCUGUCUGGAAUGCUGUGGAGAACACAUUAAAACUUGGUAGCUACACGGACUGUAUUGUAGCUCUAAUCUGUUCUUUGGUUGGUAUUUGUACUUGUUUCCUGUGAAUAUAUGUAUCCCUUCUCCAUAGAGAGGAGUCCAAAUGAAAUGUAAAUCUUGUUUCCUUUCUCUUUUCCCUGUCUUUCUGGAAGUGCUCAGUUCUUGGGAGUACUAAUGUCCCUCACAGGAGAGAUUUAAAAUGGUCUAACGUUUUACAUCAAGCUCUAUUGCUGGAGACCCAGGUUCUAAACUGAGAUAAAUGUCUAAGUAAACUGAAAGCCGCAUGCCUUAGACUACGCUGGGGAUUAAACCUGAAACAUAGCUUCUUUAAAAGAUGUUAUCAGAGGAGUUUGAUUCCUGGACUGCUUUUUCUAAAAAUAGAUACAAGGAGUUAAGUUAUAUUUUGGUUAAAAAGUAUUUUGUUUAGAUUUUCUUUCAAAUAGAGGAGAUUCAGUUUACUGAGGCAGUAGUACCCCUUGCAGCAACUGUUGAAUUGACAAGUAUUCUCCAAAUGUAUUCACAAAGUGGUUUGAGUGCAUUUUCCUUUGCAUAACCUUCUGGUGUACAGAGGACAAUCUGUACAUUAAGUGGAAAAUCCUUCCUUCCCCCACCCACUUAUGCGAGAAGUGGGCCCUGACUACCACAGAACAUGGAUGGUUCUGUUUGGCAGGGAGCAGGAUUCAGAGACAUGGAUCUGCAUUCCCUACAUAUUGUGUGGGACAGAGCCUCAAGGUGGAGGGGAGAGAGUCACCUCUGGCUCCCCCCGCCCCCACAGAGAGGGGAAGCAGGAGAAGCAGUUGCUUCAGCUGUGUGCUGGCCAAUUUGGCCAAAUAAUAGUUUCCUUUUGAUGCAUGUGCACACAGCUCCCAUUAAUGUCAGUGGUGGGGAUACAUUCACAUGGAGGAGAUUAACCUUUCCCCCAGUACUAAUUGGAAUGUCAGAUUUCUGCAACACAGUUUUAUUCUCACAGGUUAAAAUUUUUGUAUCCCUGUUGGUUUGUCUUUCUCACUACAAUUUGAGUUCAGUUGUCAGGCUAGUAAGUACUGUGGUCAAGUCUCUCAUACUGAGAGUUUAGUUGACUAGAUCUUUGAAAAUGAUUCUGGUUUUCACGAGGCUGAAAGGUGUGAACUUAAACUUUUAAAAAAAGUAAUAGCUGCCAAUGCAGUAAAAUAUAUUUUAUGAAACUAUGGUCCCUAGGUCCCUUCUGGGAUAAAAUGUUAUUGUUUUUAAGAUACGGCUUUAAGUUUUUAUAUGUGGGCUUCAGUCACUUCUUGGUUGCUGGUUUUCCCCUCCAGUCCAAAGAUUUUAGGGCAUGAGAAUUUUGCCAUCCUCUUUUCAGGGCAUACCCUGUAGCAUUUUAUAUGCAAUUUGGAGGGGUAGAGGCUUUGUGCACGCUGCCUGGAUUGGCUGGCAUAGGUAAUAUGCAGAUGUAGGGAGCACCUUCUGUUCCUAGUUCAUUGUGGGCAGAAAAAAGUACUGGUCUCCCCAUCAAAUAUGGGAUCGGACUAUGCCUCAACCACAUCAGUGGUCACCAGCAGAACAUAGUUAGUGCAAAAUAUUCAGAGGGAAUAAACCAUAAAACGUGAACUUUAAAAAAAAACAAAACAAUUAUUAAAGCUCUGGGUUUUUAUUAACUCAGUGUGUGCUACAACAGUAAUUCAGUAUCCUACAGGGCUCACCUACAGAUCUGGUUGCACUAAAAAAAUAAAAAUUAAAAAAAAAUCAGUUUCUGGGGCUGCCCUCCUGUGUGGAAACCACAGUCUUCCUGAGGGUUGAUAAAGUCCCCAGAGGAGAUUUCGACUUACCAUUUUGUUUAGCUGAUGCAUGCUUUUGAUAUUCUGACUAUAGCCCUGCCUACAAGAAAGUCCUCAAUGGCUUCCUUGCCCUGCUGUUUCAGUGCCUUGACUGUCUGGGCACUGGCCUUUGAUGGAACCCUUGAAGGGGAGCGGGGGUGGUAGAGCAGGAGGAAAAAUGUGAAUUAAAUUAUCAUUGGGCUUCUUUGUGUGUUUUAGUAACAGUGCAACCCUUUUAACUGUGCCAGUCUCCAGUCACCAGCCGUAUAUCCAGUCGUCAUCUCAUACACAGUACAGCUUCUCUUGUUGACGCUGGUCACAGCUAGAUUACUUGGCAUGUUUAUUGACUUAACAGAAAUGUUUUUUGUUUUUGUUUUUAAUGUAUACGAUGUUUAAAUACACUUCACAUUUUAUAUAAUACUAUCUGGCUAUUAGUAUUUUUCAGGAACCAUAGUUCUUGGUGGCUAUAUAUAUUUUUGUGACUUUUUUGUAAACUAAGUGCCGUUUCAACGUUACAAUCAUUUUUAGAGUUCUUGUAAUCAAUGUGAAUAUCAUGUUUUUUCAAAUCUGUUCUGAGCCUGUAGUGUAUGCUUUGUGAUCAUACGUGUAAUGUAUAUAUUCUGUAUAGUUACAUUGUACUGAAAUACUAGCUUGUUUGAUAUAAGAAAAGUAUGUAUUGGGUACUUUUUUGCUAGCCUGAUUGUUUAAUCUUUAAAAAAAAAAUGUUUUAAAAUACAAAAAAAAAUAAAAAUCUCCAAACUGGUCCCCUUAUAGGUCAAAAUUAAGGGGCGGGGAGGAGGAAAACCUAGUUUUGAGUGUCUUUGGAUAGAAACAUGAAGCUAAGAUUUUUCAUUAAAAUAUUAAUGUUUUAUGGAGUA